GUGACCUACACACUCAUCCGAAGCUUUCUUUACUUCUAAGCAACUUGUAAACAUGGGUGAUCUCAGAAUGUCAUUGCGUAACAUGAUCGUAGCGACUUUGGCUCUCGUUGCCUUUUCAACCGUGGCUAUGGGAUCUUGGCCAUUGGAGAGAUGGACGGUACAAGUCGUGAAUGGGUUGGGAGGCGGACAGACACUACUGGCGCAUUGUAAGUCAAAAAACGAUGAUUUGGGAGACCAUAACCUAGCCACUGGUGCUCUAUUUAGCUUUACUUUCAAAGACAACGUGUGGCAAACCACAGAAUUCUGGUGCACCUUGACCAAGCCAAACAAUGCGCAUGCUUCUUUCGAUGUGUAUUGGUAUGAUACUAGCAAAGAUCAAUGGCUUUAUACCAGAUGUGGCGACCACACUUGCGUUUGGAUUGGCAAAGAUGAUGGGGUUUACAUUAAAAAUGCCUCUACCAAUCAGGAUGAGCUUGUUCAUCCCUGGGAAUGAAUAUCCAUUCCAAUCAAUAAGGUCUUUU